AUGUUUGCAUGUUUUACGAUUGUCUUCUUCUACCAGGACCCUCUGUCCUUGUGCCUUCUCAUGUCUCCGCCGAUCAUUCAACUGCUAGUCGCACCCACCGAAGAGUCGCUCGAACCGUCACCGAGUCGUAGUACCGUAGUCCGUCGGUUCUUGACCGCUGAAUGUGAACUGUCCUUGUGCCUACUCAUGUCUCCGCCGAGCGUUCAACUGCUAAUCGCACCCACCGAAGAGUCGCUCGAACCGUCACCGAGUCGUAGUACCGUAGUUCGUCGGUUCUUGACCACUGAAUGCGAAUCCAGCGUCACCGGUACGGACUACCCGACUUGA